UCAGAGCCGUAAAUACUAUUAGGGUAAUGGGAGUAUUGUGCUAUAUGGAUGGUUAUUUUCGAAGUACAUGUACCGAGGCCUCGUUCGGCGUGGUCACGUAAUUUUGUGAUGUAGACGCGACAAAUCGUGGUGAAAUAUUUUUAAAGGUUGAUACUGUGUCGAAAAGUCUGCUUCGAGCGUAAAAUGAAGUGUUCGCAGUCUUUGUCUUCUUAAUGUCUCUCCAUAAACCCUCUGCUUUAAUGAGAAUAUCUUAAAAAGGUCGUUUCCAUUUCUAAAGAUUGCUGCGGUUCUCGUUUUGACGACGGCGCUUGAACGCAGCAUAUGAGGUAAACGAGAGCAGAGGAAGAGUCGAGCAGCGUGGACAUGUCGGACCCGGCGGCGCAGGCCUUGCAACCCCGGCUUCUCCAAGCCCAGACCGCUGGGUCGGCGGGGUCCAGUACUGCCGCGACAGCCUCCGGGACAGCAAAUAGCGACCCGGCCAGACCGGGACUUAGCCAGCAACAACGUGCAAGCCAGAAGAAAGCCCAAGUCCGAGCUUUCCCACGGGCGAAAAAGCUCGAGAAACUUGGCGUAUUCUCCGCAUGCAAGGCUAGUGAUACAUGCAAGUGCAAUGGAUGGAAAAACCCAAACCCACCAUCAGCCACACGUAUGGACCUGCAACAGCAAGCAGCCAGCCUGGGCGAGCUGUGCCGCAGCUGUGGACAUGCUCUGGCUGAUCAUGUGUCCCACCUGGAGAAUGUGUCUGAGGAUGAGAUUAACAGGCUCUUGGGGAUGGUGGUGGACGUGGAGAACCUUUUCAUGUCCGUCCACAAAGAGGAGGACACUGACACCAAACAGGUCUACUUCUACCUAUUCAAGCUGCUGAGGAAAUGCAUCCUGCAGAUGAGCCAGCCAGUCGUAGAGGGAUCGCUUGGAAGUCCACCCUUUGAAAAGCCCAACAUUGAGCAGGGGGUUUUGAAUUUUGUUCAGUACAAGUUCAGCCACCUGGCACCGAAGGAAAGGCAGACCAUGUUUGAGCUGUCAAAGAUGUUCCUCUUGUGCCUAAAUUACUGGAAGCUGGAGACGCCAACGCAGUAUCGCCAGCGCACCCAGAAAGAUGAUGGGACGGCAUACAAAGUGGACUACACCAGGUGGCUGUGCUACUGCCACGUCCCUCAGAGCAACGACAGCCUACCGCGCUAUGAAACCACCCACGUGUUCGGACGCAGCCUGCUCAAGUCCAUCUUCACUGUCACCCGACGCCAGCUCCUGGAAAAGUUCAGAGUGGAGAAGGACAAGCUGCUGCCAGAGAAACGCACACUCAUCCUCACACACUUUCCCAAGUUCUUGUCCAUGCUGGAGGAGGAAAUCUAUGGGGACAAUUCACCAAUCUGGGAGGCUGACUUCACGAUGCCCGCCGCUGACGGCACACAGCUGGGACAUCAGACAGUGAUCAGUCCUGCUGUAGUGUCCGGCUCCCCCGCGCUGCCUAAAGGUCUGAGCAGCAUCUCCUCUCUGGGCAGCAUGGACACUGGAGCUGCAGAGCCCACCCCAGGUGAGAAACGCAAACUUCCGGAGGCGUUGACCCUGGAGGAUGCCAAACGAAUCCGUGUGAUGGGAGACAUUCCUAUGGAGCUGGUCAAUGAGGUCAUGAUGACAAUCACUGACCCUGCUGCUAUGCUCGGACCAGAGACUAAUCUUCUGACUCCAAACGCUGCCCGGGACGAGACUGCCAGGCUGGAGGAGAGGCGGGGAAUUAUAGAGUUUCACGUCAUUGGAAACUCGCUUUCCCAGAAGUCCAACAAGAAGAUCCUGAUGUGGCUCGUAGGCCUGCAGAAUGUCUUCUCUCAUCAAUUACCUCGCAUGCCCAAAGAGUACAUCACACGGCUGGUGUUUGACCCGAAACACAAGACCCUGGCCCUCAUCAAAGAUGGCCGCGUGAUCGGAGGCAUCUGUUUUAGGAUGUUUCCCACUCAGGGCUUCACAGAGAUCGUCUUCUGUGCCGUCACAUCCAACGAGCAAGUUAAGGGCUACGGUACCCACCUGAUGAAUCACCUAAAGGAGUACCACAUCAAACACAACAUCCUCUAUUUCCUCACUUAUGCUGAUGAGUACGCCAUUGGUUACUUCAAGAAGCAGGGCUUUUCCAAAGACAUCAAAGUGCCGAAGAGUCGAUACCUGGGAUACAUCAAAGACUACGAGGGAGCGACCCUCAUGGAGUGUGAGCUGAACCCGAGGAUCCCCUACACUGAGCUCUCUCAUAUCAUUAAAAGACAGAAGGAGAUUAUUAAGAAGCUGAUAGAGAGGAAACAGACCCAGAUAAGGAAGGUUUACCCAGGUCUCACCUGUUUCAAAGAGGGCGUACGACAGAUCCCGGUGGAGAGCAUUCCAGGCAUAAGAGAGACGGGAUGGAAACCCAGUAACAAGGACAAAGGGAAAGAGGUGAAGGACCCUGACAUGUUAUACAACAUGUUAAAGAAUCUCCUGGCCCAGAUAAAGACUCAUCCUGAUGCCUGGCCCUUCAUGGAGCCAGUGAAGAAAUCGGAGGCCCCAGAUUACUACGAGAUCAUCCGCUUUCCCAUCGACCUGAAGACCAUGACAGAGAGACUUAAGAAUAGAUACUAUGUGACCAAGAAGCUUUUCAUUGCCGACCUGCAGCGAAUCAUCACCAACUGUCGCGAGUACAACCCUCCAGACAGCGAGUACUGCAAGAGUGCCAACACCUUGGAGAAGUUCUUCUACUUCAAAUUAAAAGACGGAGGACUGAUUGAGAAAUGAAAUCCACAUAAGUAUUUACAGAUGUCUAAACAGACGUGGGGCGACUUUCACUCACCCGGAUGACGAGGAAAACGUCGCGUUCUAUUGUCAUAUCUGAGUUAAUAAAAGGGUAUGUACAUGACUGUAAUGGUUGGGCAAACAUAACAGUUUGGUAAUAUCAGACAAAGUGUCAAAAGGGCAUUACCUUUACCAAUUUAAGUUAGCUUCUGUCAUUUUCUCUUUUCCAGUACUCGCAGUGGGUCAAGACUCUGCAUAUACAUGAUUCAUUAAGUGUACCAAAGUUAUAGGUCCAAGUUAUAACAAUGCCACGCUUUCCACCAUUAUUUAUGGUAUGAUUGACGUGGUUUUGUCGCAUGCAAUGACAUUCGUUCAUUCCAAUUUGCUUAAAACUUGUCACUCGAGCAGAGGUGUAUGUAGUGUAGAAUUAUUUCACAGAAAACUGGACCUCGGGACCUAAAGCCACGUUGCCUUCCGUUACUGACAGACACUUGAACAUCUCAGCCAUCUUCAUGGGUAUAAAGACAGACGUUCUUUGAGGGGUGAAGUCCUUACAACACGCUACUUUGAAUCUUGAGUAGUCUGGAAACAAUUUCAUCAGUUGGUUGUUGAAUAAUUAAUCUAACACAGUUGUAGGUUGUUAAUGAGGUGCAAAUCCCGAACAGUUGAGGAUUUUGGCUCCAGUGUAUAUUGAUUAUUUUUGUUAGACUGUUGGUCUGAAAAGAGCAAAUUAUUUAUCAUUUAGCAAAACUUUGUUCCCAUUCUUCGUCCAAAAAAAAAAAAGUAUUGAUAACUAAUAACAAAAAGCGUUUGUUGCAUUCCAACUCUUGUGUAGUUUGAGACACUGCUGAUGAUGGGAUGGGCAUCAAAUAUUGCUAAACACAAUAAUUUCCCCGUCGUUGCCUUCAGGAAAACGCUGUUGUUUUCACGUCGACAACAACAUAGUGGAUGCGUAAUUUAUACAGUAAAUAUGAUACACACUGUUUACACAUCAUUUUCCACUGGCAGGGUUUUAUUCCAAACCAUUUAGGAUGAGGUCACACAUUAGUUUAGCUUGUUUCGUGCUUGCAGGUGUUUUUGAUUGAUUUGUUUCAAUGCUAGACUCUAUAGUGCAGUCACUGCCGCACACAUAUGCUAAGUAGUCUACGUCGUGUACAGCCACAUUGUUUGUGGUGGUCACAGGUUUACUGGAUCAUUUAUGUUGAUGAGAAGCUAAGCCGCUGAUUCUGGGCUUUUGGAAAGAAGAUAACUGGUUUAUUUAUCGUACACCAUACACAAGCUGUAGCGGGUUACACAUUUGAAUUCAUAAAAUACAUCAAACUUUCAGCCGUAGUUGUUGAAGGUUGUUUCGUUUUCUUCACAGUGACACACAUUUUAUUGUUAGGUCAGCGGUCAGUGCUUCCUGAGUCGCAUCCACUUCUUUUAUUGGAAGUAACUGUCCAAUGCUGGUCGAGCCUGCUUGUUGAAUGUUUCAUUGACUUGUGUAUAUGUGUGUGUGCGUGCGAGUGUGUGUUUAUUUCGUACUUGAAUUAUGACUAGCUUUGACUUACUAAAGUGAUGUCAGCGUUGCAUUAUUCAGGGUUGUCUAUUGCGUACUUUUCCCUCAAUCUACCUAUGCUGCAUUUCAGAUUUUCUUAAAAAGAUCAGUCUGAGUGAAGUUUCCACCUGUUUGAAGAUGGUUACUGUCUAGUUGCCAUUUACUGUAACUGUAAUACUGUUCAUGACAAUAAAGGUUUUUUUAUAU